GCAUUGGAUUUGUUCGGAAAUCAUAAAGAUCUACAGUUGACGACGGAGCAAAUCAAGAAGAUUGUAGAGAUGUUAAAGAAAGAGGAACAGGUGGAGGCAAUGAAAGCCUUUCUCGCAGGUACUGUGCCGUAUCCUCCUCAACCCAUUGCUGCCUCUAGUACUAAUCAGCCACUGCAUCCUGUAAAAGUUAGUAAAGGAAAUAUGACUAGUAGUAGUAAGUCAUCUGAGCAAUCAGAAGUAACUAAUUUGACAUCAGGUAUCGGGAACAAAAAAUCAUCACAGUGGUUUUAUUCCUUGAGAACUGCUUAUUGUGUUGAAUUUUCCAAAAUUCAAAAUCCCGGAUCAUAA